CCCCAGAAACAUUGAUGCGUGCCCUUGAGCUUCUAAAUUAUCUUGGCGCUCUUGACGAUGACGGUAAUCUCACUAACGAUGGAAUUUUAAUGGCCGAAUUUCCACUUGAUCCUCAACUGGCAAAAAUGUUGAUAGAAAGUCCCAAGUAUAGAUGCUCUAAUGAAAUCCUUUCGAUCGCUGCGUUAUUAUCAGUGCCAAAUAUUUUUGUUCGGCCUAAUGAAUCUAAAAAGCAGGCUGAGGAUGCAAAAGGAAAGUUCGCGCACACUGAUGGAGAUCACUUAACCUUACUGAAUGUUUAUCACGCUUAUAAAACUAAUAUAAAUGAUCCGGAAUGGUGUUAUAAUAAUUAUCUCAGUGCUCGAUCUUUAAAAUCGGCUGAUAACGUUCGUCAGCAACUCAAACGCAUUAUGGAACGUUGUGAUCAAGAUUUGGUUAGCACACCAUUUGAAGAAAGGAAUUACUAUACAAACAUUAGGCAAGCCUUGACAGCAGGAUUCUUUAUGCAAGUGGCACAUUUGGAAAAAUCAGGCCAUUAUUUGACAUGCAAAGAUAAUCAGAUUGUUCAACUUCAUCCAUCUUCGUCUCUUGGACAUCAACCCGAAUGGGUCUUGUAUAAUGAAUUUGUUCUUACGACUAAGAAUUAUAUCCGUACUGUGACUGAAGUAAAAGCUGAUUGGCUUUUAGAUAUUGCACCAGCUUAUUAUGAUCUUAGAAAUUUCCCUAAUUGUGAAGGAAAGAGAGUCUUAGAAAAACAUUAUGCGAGAAGGGCUAGAAAUAAGAAAUAA